AUGAUACCAUCAUCUAGUAACAAUAGUAAUAGAGAUGAAAGGCCAAUUGAAACUGUAAAUAUUGAAGAUCAAGCAGCAUUGAAGAAGAGAAGAAAAAAGGAAGAAACAGAGGCUAAAAAGAAAAAACAAAAAUGCGAUCAAAUCCUGGAUGAUUUAGAUAAUGAAGUCACAAAGAAGGCACAAGAAACACUUGUCCGAGACAUUUUCAGUCAAAGAAAAGACAUUCAAUUUGAUCAUUCAAGUCUCACUCUCAAGGAAGACCACAAAUUGCGACCAAUUUGGAUUUGCUCUGGUACUGAUGGACUAUUCCAUAUUUUCAUGGAAACAUUUUCUCCAAUCUAUCAACAAGCCUAUGAUUUUUUAGUUGCAGUGGCUGAGCCAGUUUCUCGUCCAGAAAAUCUUCACGAAUAUAUUUUGACAGAAUAUUCUCUUUUUGCUGCUGUUAGUAUUGGUAUGAACACUGAACAAAUAAUUCAAGUUUUGGAGAAGCUGAGCAAGGUAAAAUUGCCAGAUACGUUAAUCACCUUUAUUAAGGAAGUAACAAGAAAAUAUGGUAACGUCAAACUUGUUCUACAGAAGAAUCGCUUUUUCAUCGAGUCGCAUCACUUUAGUGCCAUGGAAAAAUUAUAUGACGAUUCAGUUAUUAGUUCAGCUGCUGUAAUUCCUGACCGAACAGAAUUUCCUAACAUUGAUAAGAGUGGAAGAUUCAUUAUUAGAUCAAGAUCAAAGCAAGCUGAAUUAGAAAAGUUCCAAAAGCAAGCAUUGGCUUCGAAUACUUCAUCAGUUCAAGGAAAAAUUCAAACUGAAAUGAUUCGUGCAGUCAAUCAAAUUGACGAUGAGGAUGACGACGCAGAUGAUUUUGAUGUCUCUUCUGUUGUGGAAACAUACUACCAAUUUGAGAUUAAUCCUAACGAAGUUGAGCAUGUCAAGAAGAGAUGUAUCGAAAUUGGCCUUCCCACACUAGAAGAAUAUGAUUUCAGAAAUGAUGUUGCAAACAAGUCAUUGAGCAUCGAUCUUAAACCUACAACUACCAUCCGUUCAUACCAAGAAAAAUCUCUAAGCAAAAUGUUCAGUAAUGGAAGAGCUAGAAGUGGUAUUAUUGUGCUGCCGUGUGGUGCUGGAAAAACGUUAGUUGGAGUCACUGCGGCUUGUACUGUUAAAAAGAGAACGCUAGUAUUGUGCAUUAACUCUGUGAGUGUUUUGCAGUGGAAAAAUCAAUUUAAAUUAUGGAGUACAAUUGACGAAAAUCGUGUCAUCAUUUUCACAUCUCAAGACAAAGAUCCACUUCCCAAAGAUGAUGAACCUUUGGUCAUUAUUACAACUUAUACCAUGCUUACACAUCAAAGAAAGAGAAGUGGUGAAGCAAAAGAGGUAAUGGACCAUAUUGAAAGUAGAGAGUGGGGCUUACUUGUCCUGGAUGAAGUGCAUGUUGUGCCAGCCACCAUGUUUAGAAAUGUAUCGAGGGUAAAAUCCCAUUGCAAGCUUGGUCUAACCGCCACUCUUGUUCGUGAAGAUUCGAGAAUUGAAGAUUUGUACUUUUUGAUUGGUCCCAAAUUGUAUGAGGCCAAUUGGCUCGAUCUUCAAAAAAAGGGUCACCUUGCUAAUGUCCAAUGUGUUGAAGUGUGGUGCCCAAUGACUGCUGAAUUUUAUGCCGAAUAUUUGACUGCCAAUGCUAAGAAGAAAACUCUGUUCUAUGUAAUGAAUCCGAACAAAUUCAGAGCUUGUGAAUUUUUAAUUCGAUACCAUGAAAAGCAAGGAGACAAGAUUAUUGUGUUUAGUGACAAUGUGUUCUCAUUGCAAGAAUAUGCCGAAAGACUCAAACUUCCAUACAUUUUCGGUAACACUAAACAACAAGAAAGAGUGUAUUGGUUGAAUCAAUUCAGACAAGGGAAUCAAUAUAACACUAUUUUCAUUAGUAAGGUUGGUGACACAGCUAUUGACAUUCCAGAAGCAACUGUCAUUAUUCAAAUUUCGUCUCACUUUGGAAGUAGAAGACAAGAAGCACAACGUCUUGGACGUAUUUUACGUCCUAAGGGAGGAGGAUUGAAAAAUCAACAAGCUUAUUUUUAUACAUUGGUCUCUCAAGAUACACAGGAAAUGUACUACUCAACCAAGAGACAACAAUUCUUAAUUAACCAAGGUUACAGUUUCAGAGUGUUACCAGAUAUCCAAAAGUACUAUGAGCAAGGAGCAAGCGAAUUAGGCUUGUCCCUAAGUCACAUGACAUCCAAGAAGGAUGAAUUGGAAAUGCUUGCUGUUGUAAGAAAGGCAGAUGAUGCAAGAGGUCAAGAAGAAAAGAUUACAGUAGACGAUGAAAGUGCUCAACAAUCAACCUCUAUGGCACAACUUUCAGGAGGUCAAGGAGUUGUGUAUCAAGCAUUUGACACUAGUGGUGGUUCUUCAAAGAAAAAGAGAAAUAAGUCUGCAGCACCAACAGUUCAUCCACUCUUCAAAAACAGAGCUUCUUCAUCCAAAGAUUAA